AUGGCCACCGUCACCAUGACCGUUGAGAGACCGCCCAUCGCGGUGGGAUCGAACCAGGGCAAGAUUGCCUCCCAGAACCUGGGCUGGAUGCGACCGACUACGACCGACACUCCGCUGGAGGAGAUGAGGGAACGGCUGCGACAGGACGGAUAUCUCUUCGUCAAGAAUCUGAUUCCCAGAAAGGACGUCUUGCGCGUGCGCAAAGACUACUUCCAGCGCUACGCCCCGACGGGUAUCCUCGAGCCCGGCUCCGACCCCGAGGCGGGCGUCUUCAACGGCGGCGAGCCCGCGUCCUCACACGGGGGCAUCGGCGCGGGCGAGCUGCCGCCGACGGAGCUGCAGGUGCGCACCAUGACGGACGCGCACAAGACGCCCGAGUACCUGGCCUUCCUCGAGCACGCCAACCUGCGCGGGUUCGUGCGCGAGCUCAUGGGCUGGGACAGCGAGGUGCUGCUGCGGCGCACCAUGCUGCGGCACAACGUGCCCGGCGGGCUGAGCACCGCGGUGCACUACGACAAGCUGUUUCUGCGAGGGGGGGAGGCGUAUUUCCUGACGGCCUGGGUGCCGAUAGGCGACAUCUCGCAGACAGGCGGCGGCCUCAUGUACCUCUCCGACUCGACCUCGCUCGGGCGCUCCAUCGAAGACGACUUUACGCGCCGCGCCGCGCAGCUGACGCCCGAGGAGCGCAUCAGCGCCUUCAACGUCAACAUGGAAAAGUACGGGCAGCUGUCGCACAACGCGGCCGAGUUCGGGGAGGCGCACCGCGACGACGGAAGCCCGGGAGGCAAGCCGCGGCGCUGGCUGGUGGCCGACUACGAGGCGGGCGACGUCGUCUUCCACGACCCGUACAUGAUCCACACGAGCACGCGCAACGAGGACGCGGCGCGGCGCAUCCGGCUCAGCACGGACUUGCGCUUCUACCGCGAGGGCAGCGACCUGGACGCGCGGUGGAUGAAGUUUUGGACGCCGGGCGACGGGCUGUAG